AUGAAUCUUUAUCUUGUCAUCAAUGGGCAUAAGCCCGGUUUAUAUCAAACCUGGAAGGAGUGUCACGAACAAAUAGCUGCAUACCCGAACCCCAUCUUCAGGUUAGUCCAUUCGCAGGAGGAAAUGGACCAGUGUCUACAGAGCUGGCAUGAUAUAGUGAGUUCAUCCAAAAGAGAUGCAGACGUAAUAUUUGAAAGGAACGGCGACGGAAGAAUCCAAAUCUACACCGAUGGAUCUUGCUUUGGAAACGGGACAACGAAACCAGCUGCAGGACUUGGAGUUUACUUUGGACCGAAUCAUCCCAAAAAUCUGUCUCUGCCUUGUGUUAAUAGGAAUACUAAUAAUGGGGCAGAACUAGAGGCAAUACUACAAGCAAUAGAAAUCAUUAUAGAACUCAACUUGAUCAAAAUUGAUAUCCAUACAGAUUCAGAAUUCCUAUGCAAUAGUUUAAAUUUAUGGUACGACGAUUGGGAAGGAAGAAACUGGUUAACAUCGACAGGUAAACCCGUCACGUACAAGAAUGAAAUGAUUCAUAUAAAGCAGCUCAUGAAAACUCGGGAUAUUCGUAUCCUUCACGUUCCAAGCCAUCAAGGAGUUUUCGGAAACGAGCAAGCAGACCAACUGGCUCGCGAAGGAGCAAGAAGAUCGAGCGCAAUCCAUCAGGGUUCGAGUCAUCGUAACCAGUCGUCCAUCAACUGA